CCGCGUAUAACCGUAAUUACGGCAACGCUCGAUGCUGGCGUGAAUAAAUUACCUAGGAUCGGGCUGGGGCGGCGUUCGGCCUUGACAGCGAUGUCCUGUCUGACCGCCCUCUACAAUCAAACAGUGACCUUGCUCUCCGUCCCGCAUGAGAUACUUCUUUUGCAGCACAAAGUCUUUCAGGAGUACGCGAAAAUCACCGUCGGCCCGGACUUCAUACACACGCUGCCGUCUUUCUUGAUCAUAGCGGCCUUGACGAUUGCUCUGUGGAGAAAUCCGCCAUCCUUGAACAGCCUGGCCCAAGUAUUGGGCACGACGCUUUACAAAUUUCUUCAGGUCACGGUCUGCUGGGUCGUCGCAAUCACCGGCUUAUGGCUCUGGCUGAUCCUCCAGAGGUUGCUGUAUUGCUGCAUCUGGAACUAUUGGAGUUACGAGUCCGAGGAUCGUAACAUGUCCUAUCAGUGGUGGGAACGCGUGUGGUCCUCGUAUUAUCCGUCACCGUUGAAGCCGUCGGUGGUGUCGGCUGGUUUUAUCAGCUGGAUCGUAUCUAUGUCGAUCGCGAUAACCACGCUAGGUUGCACAAUUUCUACGAAUCCGGUGCGGAACGUUACGAAGGAUUCGGCGGUUCGAUUAAGGACCGUUUCAACGAGACUGAAAUACUAUGCAACUUAUGCUCUGCAAAGGAUGCUGACGUCUCUGUUGCAACAGUGGUCCCAGGAAGCGUCUUCGACGAAGACCGUCGCGCCUUUGGACGGGAGCGAGGCGAGCUCGCUUUGCGACGAGUGUCGGUCCGAGAUCUCCAGCGACGCGAUCGAUCAGGGCCGAAGGGAGAUCCAUCCGGUCUCCUAUGGGACGAACUGGACGCCGAAGCCGUGUUUCUCCGGUUACAAGGACUCGCAGAGGAACCUCUCGAUGCACACGAUCGCCGUCGUGAACGACAUCGAGGAGCCCGACAAAUCGACGACGAAGCAACUGCGACACAAACGGGGCUGUCACACGGUCGUGCCGUGCAACUCCAGCGACAAAUCGAGCGGAUGUUGACGAAGGGACGUCGUUCGACGGUGUCGCAACGGAACGGGGUCACGUCGGAGCGCCCGCGACUCGACGGUCGACUCUUUCGGUGCCAGGACCGAUCCGCCCGGUACUCGCGAGGCGUGUCGUCGAUACGUCGACUCGGACCAUUGUUCCGCGCGAGUAUCGAGAACCGAUAUAUCGGCCAGCUUGCUGCUAAAAGGAUUAAUCGAGUCUCCGAACGCGGCCCGGGAAUUUCGACCGCUUUUCCGGCUCCUCCUCUCUCCCUGAUACACGAAACACGCAUAAAUGUAAACAGACUUAUCGCGCCACGGACACGUCUAUGUAGUCCACGGGACUAAUAAGCGAAUAGAGAAACAUGCGUACGUA